AUGAACGAUGUGAACAAGGUGAAUCAUUCGUGUGAUGUGACAUGUCGAGUUUGGUGUGUACAGUGGAAUCAUGCAGGCACGAUACUUGCAAGUUGUGGUGAUGAUAAAACAAUUAAGCUAUGGAAACGUAUUGAUGAUGCACCGUAUUUGGUAUAUUCUGGAACAAUAAGCGAUUCUCAUAAUAGAGCUAUUCGAUAUGUUGCAUUUUCACCAAAUGAUAAAUUCUUGGCUUCAGCUGGUUUUGAUGCUGCUAUUGUCAUUCAUCAGUUAUGCAAUAAUGACUACGAAGAAAUAAAUCGUUUGGAAGGACAUGAAAAUGAAGUAAAAUGUUGUGCAUUCUCACCAUCCGGUGAAUAUUUGGCAACUUGUAGUCGCGAUAAAUCAGUUUGGUUCUGGCAAUUAGAUGAUAACGAAGAUUUUGAGGUUGCAUCAAUUUUGCAGUCUCAUACGCAAGAUGUGAAAUUUGUGGUGUGGCAUCCAGUUGAUGAGUUGUUGGUAUCAUGCAGCUAUGAUUGCUCCAUUCGAUUUUAUCGUUUUGAUGGUGAGGAUUGGAUAACACAAGAAAAAAUCGAUAAUGCGCACAAAUCCACCAUAUGGUCAGCUGAUUUCUCAGAUGAUGGUAACUUCCUUGUAACUGUUGGAGCUGACUUCAUUAUCAAUAUUUGGAUGAAACAGGGAAUAAAUUUAGCGCCAUCGAAAAGUAAAUGGAAUAAGGUAACAAGUGUAUGCGUGAAAACGAAAUGGCCUCUGUACACGGUUUCAUGGAAUAAAUUACAUGGUAUUAUUGCUGUUGGUGGAGGAGAUAACGAAAUAAGGUUGUUUCGCUUAAAUAAUUCUAAAGACAAUCCUCUCCUGGAAGAAUGUUUUGGAAGCUACAAACUCUCUUCAGAAAUCAACUGUUUAAAUUGGAAUCCUGUUGAAAGUAAUCUACUAACUGGUGCUACUGAUGAUGGUGGAAUUUGUGUUCUUCGAAUAAGUUUAUAA